CCAGGUUGCCCUAAAGCGGAUCACCCCCAUCCCCAAAGUACCCUCAAUGUCUCUCUUCUCUCUCGAGUCUCGUCUCUUUCUCGUCACUCUCUCCCUCGCCUUCAAGCUCUCGCACAGUCGCACUCACUGACUCGGACUCGGCGGACUCAAGCUCGUCGUCGCGGCCUGUGUCGUCACGUCUCGCACUCAGUCGCCGCCUUCCCUGCUCUCGCUUCGCCGGCGGCAGAAAGCAGACCGAAUCAGCAUCUGGUCCCUCGGGUGGUGGUGGUGGUCGUCGUCUUCUUGUUCCGCCGUCAGUUCAGUCGGUCAGCUUCCUUCACCGUCAAUUGGUCCUUGGGCAGGUGCUAGCAGCUAGUCUAAAGACGGAGAUGAGUUGAUGAAUUGUGGCAUAGGAAUGAAGUUGUUCCUUUUGCUAUUUUGAUCUAAAUAAAAGUGACCCUUCAAGUGGCACUUCUGAAUUCUAAUCCAAGGUUCACAUGCCAACAAUGCUAGGGCGGAUUCAUAAACUAGUUCCCCCUGCAUCUUCCAAACAAUAUCUGGCACCAUGCUUUAAGACUUUGCGCCAUUAUAGCUUCGUUGAUGAUGGUGGUGGAAGAAUCAAACAGCAUGUACAAGAAUCUCAUGAUGAGGAUUUUUCUCUUAAACAGUCAGAUUUUGAUGGCAGUGGUAUCAAUGGAAGCCAGGAGGGAUAUGGCAAUCAACAGUUUCCGCCGGAACCAAUUCCAGAUAGACCUUUGAGAGGUGGUAGGCCAACUAAUCAGCCUCCUCGUCCGCGUGUGAGGGAACGUAGUGGAGGUUCCCAUUCCUUCCCUCCGAAAUUUGAGGACGAUCAUGGAAGACCUGAUCUUGCAUUCCAUGGCAGAAAUAUGGCUGAAACAGGUCGGGCUGCUGGUCAAUCAGGAGAGAGUUUCCUCGAUAAAUUCAAGCUUGGGUUUGAUAAUAAAACAGCAAACACAUUCGACUCUGCUUCGGGCAACCAAUCCGAAGAAGCAAAGAGGUCAAAUCCCAAUCAACCAGCUUCAGAAUCUAUGCCCCAAGAUGCCAAUGAGAUCUUCAAGAAGAUGAAGGAAACCGGUCUUAUCCCCAAUGCUGUGGCCAUGCUUGAUGGUCUAUGCAAAGAUGGCUUUGUUCAAGAAGCCUUGAAGCUUUUUGGUCUGAUGCGGGAGAAGGGUACCAUUCCGGAGAUUGUCAUAUAUACAGCUGUAGUGGAAGGCUUUACGAAGGCCCACAAGGCAGAUGAUGCCAUAAGGAUUUUUCGGAAAAUGCAAAGCAAUGGCAUUUCACCAAACGUUUUCAGUUACACUGUCCUUGUACAAGGACUAUGCAAAUGUGGCAGAUUACAGGAUGCUUUUGAAUUCUGUGUGGAGAUGUUGGAAGCAGGUCAUUAUCCGAACACAACUACUUUUGUAGGCUUAGUAGACAGUUUCUGCAAGGAAAAAGGUGUUGAAGAAGCAAAGGAUGCUAUCAAGACAUUAACGGAUAAGGGCUUUAAUCUUGAUAAGAAGGCUGUGAGGGAGUUUUUGGACAAGAAAGCACCAUUUUCACCUUCAGUUUGGGAGGCAAUUUUGGGGAAGACAAUUCCACAGAGACCAUUUUAAAUCUCUUUCCAGGCCGUGUAAGCUUUUGCCAAACUCAUUCAUAUCCUUGGAUAAUUUAUAUAGGUGCAUCUAUUUAUUUUUGCGUAAAAGUUCCGACUUGUUAAUUGUUUGCUUCUUGAUAGUAAGCACAUGUUUUUGCUUUCCUAUGUAAGUCUCAAAUUAGUUAGUUUGGAUGUGCUCAAUGUAGACUUAAAAGUUUAAGGAAACUCUAAUAAGAUGCAAAUUGCAGAAUGCAGAUUACUGAGGCU